CAACCAAUAUAAAAUCUUAAACCCUCCCCCUACAAAUAUCCCCUGCAAGAGUGUGUGCAAAGUGCAACCACUUGUGUAAGCAUUUAGAUUCUCUUUGCAACCACUAAAACUAAAAACAGAAGCACCCAUUAUAGCUACCAUUUGCUUUCACACACAUACAUACUAGUCUACUCUAAGCUAGCAUAAAUGGAGGAGCUUGACCUUCCUGGGUUUCGAUUCCAUCCCACAGAAGAGGAGCUUCUCGAUUUCUACCUCAAAAACAUGGUUUUUGGGAAGAAAUUGCGUUAUGAUAUUAUUGGAUACCUUAACAUCUAUCAUCAUGAACCUUGGGAAUUGCCUGGAAUGGCUAAGAGUGGAGAGAGGGAAUGGUACUUUUUUGUGCCAAGAGACAGGAGGCACGGUAGUGGAGGGAGACCUAAUAGAACUACCGUGAAUGGAUUUUGGAAAGCUACCGGUUCUGACAGGAAAAUUGUGAGUUUAUCUGACCCUAAGAGGAUUAUUGGAUUGAGAAAGACACUUGUUUUCUACAAGGGAAGAGCUCCAAGAGGAAGCAAGACUGAUUGGGUCAUGAAUGAAUAUCGCCUGCCUGAUUCUUGCCGCUCACCUAAGGAUAUAGUCUUGUGUAAGAUAUAUAGGAAGGCAACCUCCUUGAAGGUGCUGGAGCAAAGGGCUGCAAUGGAAGAAGAAAUGAAGACAAUUCAUGCAUCUCCACCGUCAUCUCCACUUUCUUCAUUGGACAACAUGUCAUUUUGCAGCAAACAAGAAGACCCAGUGGCUCCAAUAUGUCUUCACCAUGUGGUUUUCAAGAAAGAACUAGAAGAUUUGGCAAUGGUGAAUGAUGAUGAUAAUAUUGAUAACAAAAAUUAUACAAGAGACGAAAAGGAAAAGGGGAAGAAAGGGUCUUCUCUGCAAUUACCAAAUGGAAAUGACAAGCUAACAGAGCUGGAAGUGCCCAAAUUGAGCAUGGACUGGAAUAAUCAGGACAUCAAUUUUUGGUUGAACAGUCCUUGGCUUCAAAGUUUAGUCCAAAAUCUGACCCCCUCUGCCAACAUUUUGAAUUUCUAGAGCUAAUCAAAUUCUGUCUAAAAUAUUAUGCAAAUAUUCUGAUCUUGUAGAUAGUAGCUUUCUUCAUACCCCAAUCAGGACUCUGAAACAAUGUUAAAAGCAAAGCCUGAGUGCUUAAGAGGAAGCAUGGUGAUAAUUGCUAGUUAACGUCUGCAAGUAUUUGCUUUAUCUUUAUCUUGUUAAUGAACAACGUUUAAUCCA